ACAACAAACUGGCUAAAAAAUGGGAAAUCUCACACGACUGAAAAAACUAAUUAACGAGGAGAUUUCGAAAAGAGGCCCACUGAAGCUUAUAAAAUAUCUUCAGAGGAAAAAGCUACUUAAAAGAAAAAUAAAAUGCAAAGUCUGCCAGCAGAAAAUGGAACUGAAGAAAAGGGUGAACAACGGAGACCAAUAUGCUUGGAUCUGUCGUGGAGCAGCACAUGGUGGAACACGUCAAACAAACCUCCGUCAGACACAAGUCACUUUUCAGCCGUUCUAAAGUCUCACUUCAACGCUGGAUGCAAUUUAUCUACAGAUUUUCUCAGGAUCUGCGAUUACGUCAAAUCGACAUGAUAGAUGACACCAUUGCAGGCAGCACAACAACACUUAGUAAAAUGUCCAAAAAAAUAAGGAGGGUAUGUGUGGCUGCAGUUCAAAGAUUGAGACGUCGUACAGGUCAGCAGAUUGGUGGCCGAAGGGAGUUUGUUGUGAUUGAUGAGAGUCACUUUCGUCACAAACGAAAGUAUGGGAGAGGAAGAAUGGCUGGGGGAUGGAAAAGAAGAAAGUGGGUCUUUGGAAUGCUGGGCAUAAAACGUCGAGGGAAAACGAGGCCUAUCUUGCGACUUGUGGAGAAAAGAUCUCGAAGACAUCUUGUUCCUGUGAUUACCCUUCAUGUCCGGAUUGGUUCCUCAGUGAUAAGUGAUGAAUGGCGGGCCUAUCGUGUACUCCCAAAUUUAGGGUAUGAACACCAUACUGUUAACCACAGCAGGUGGUAUGUUGACCCUCGUACAGGUGCCCAUACCCAACAUCUGGAGAGAGCCUGGAGGUCUUACAAGGAGCAAAUCUGGAGACUCAGGGGUAACAGAAAUGAUAGACUACUGUCAGAACACCUUACAGUUAUUGAGUGGAACGAGUGGCUCGCAAAAAAGCACACAAAUGGUACAUUGGGGAGACUGAUAUAUGACAUUUCUAAAAAAUACAGAUAAUUCUAAAAGUUAAUGUUGCUACUGCUUUUUUUUUUCUUUUUGAAAAUGUUAUUUGAAAACUUUAUGUAAAGAGCUACAGGUCAUAUAGUUUGCAUCCAGCUGUGUUCUGUAUUACCUCAAAUAUUGGCUGAUAGUUUAUGAUACUUUUUAUAUUUGUGUGUCCAAUCUGUAAGCAUUGUUCUCAUGUUUUUGUGAUUGGCAUCUUAAAAAUACAGUGCGUUCUGGAUCUACCCAGUGUGUUGUCAUUUAUUUUUUGUUACAAUGUACUUUAAAAACUUUCACAUCUAUAAAUAGGUUGUAAGGUAUAUAUGGUCCCCACUUUAGAUGGGCUCACUCAAGAUACUUUACUAACAAGUAGCAAAUGGUUUGUAACUUCCUAAAUAAGUUUAUUAAGGUAUUUAUGAGUAUUUAUAGAUAAUCUAUCGAAAAAGAAGUUGGCCGAUAGUGAGUUACAGCUUUGGCAGCCUUUAAGUGACAGUUAUAAAUGUAUUGUAAGACAUCUGUUAAGAUAUAGCAGCUGACUGAUGUAACCCUGAUAUUCAGUGUUUAUAAAACAUCUAGUAUGAAACUACUAUGUGUAGUACAUGUAGAGUUUAUAGUAUUAUGUAGGGUAUGUUAACCAUCUACUUACCUUUUACCAAUGAUUUUGUAUACCACUGAACAUCCUGAAAUGAGUGGUUUGUAACUGAUGCAGAGUAGUGUUUAUAAAUGAUUAAUCAAUGAGUUUUAGAACAUGAAAACAUAAUUAA